ACAUGUGACGUCAGUCUCAUAAGCUUGCAAUGUCUAUCUUAUACUUCGUCUGUGCUACUAACAAGUCUAAAAUCUUGUAUUAUCGGUAACAUCGAGGCUAAUCGGUUGCGAUAGAUUUAUAAUUUAAUGUUAAUGUGAAUAACAAUUUAGUACUUGUGAUGAAAUCAUUUUAUUUGUAUAAAUAUGUCGGACUAUAUUUAAUAUUUUGAUUAAAUAAGUGUAAACAACUGAGUAUAUAAAAAAAUUUAAUAUUGAAGAAAAAAUAAAAACAGAAUGUUUUGUUUAUUUACUUGAAUUUGUUUAUACUCUGUUGAUAAUGUUGUAAAUGACGGGGAAACGGUAAGAGGGUUACGUUGGACCAGACCUAACCGCUAGAAUAUGUGACAAACAGUUACAUUGGUUGUCCAGUCUAUUCUAUCUCUCGUCAAUGUUAAAACGUCCGCCUUUUUUACACGAUCGUUAUUUCGUACCAUCGGGUACGAAGUUUCUGAAAAGUUAUUUGUUGUAUAUAUAUCAAAAGGCUCUAGAUAACACCUAAGUAAACGUGCUUAUGUAUAGAGGGUAAAAUUCAAAUUUCUCACGAUGUUACAUAACCCUUAUCUGCUGUAUGAUGACUUCACUAAGCCACGUGAACUUUGACCUCCCCUGAACCUGUCCUUACCAGCCCUGUCCAGUCUUGAUUGACAGUGUUUAAUAAACAAAAAUUGUCAAAUUUCAAGUUCAAAUAUUCGUUAUACGAUGGCAAACACUGGUUUAUUAGUUUUAACAAAUCCAUCAAAAGUGACAAAAUUAUUACCAAUUAUCAAAAAACAUGUGUUAAAAACUUUAUACAUUCAAUAUCUCCCAGAGAAGAACAUUUUUAAAUCAGGAAAGUACGUUGUUUCUAAUUCUCCGCAAAGACUAACAGACUAUGCUCGAACAAUUUCCAAUAUUUACAUUGACACAUCUACAAUAUCUUCACGACUUGACAUUCGAGUUUUAUUGACAAGUAUGAAAACUUCGAAUUUAUCGAUAAUAAAUACAAAAAAGCCCGUGGAAAUUGUAAUUUUUGACCACAACUACAGUAAAAGAGAAGCUGAUACAUUUAUACAAGACUGUUUAGUUAAUACUUCUGUAGGAUGUGAUUUCAUUAGUUUAAAUGAUAAUCAAAAAGUGGAGGACACAGAUGUAAAGCCUUGUACAGAAGGAAAAACUUAUAAGAAUGUAGUACUGGGUGGUACGUUUGAUCGAAUACAUAAUGGUCAUAAGAUAUUUUUAAGUGAAGCUGUGUUGCGUUGCGUAGAAAAACUUACAGUUGGCGUAACCAAUACAAAUAUGUUACAGGGAAAAUUAUUAUGGGAAUUGAUACAACCAUACACAGAAAGAAUAAUGAAUCUUAAAGACUUUCUAGAAGAUAUAGAUUCAACAUUAGUAUAUGAUGUGGUUGUAAUAAAUGAUAUGUAUGGUCCAACAAAGGAUGAUCCAACAUUUGAAUUAAUAGUAGUUAGUGAAGAAACAAAACGUGGUGGAGAUAAAGUCAAUGAACUGCGUAUGCAAAGAAAUCUGAAUAAAUUAGAUAUUCAUGUUGUGAAAUUAGUAAAGGAUGAAAAUCAUAGGGAAUACGAAGAAAAUAAAAUCAGUUCAAGUAAUAAUAGAAUACGAUUACUAGGAACACGACUUCGACCUCCUAGAAUAGAAAACAAAUCUUUGAAACCCUACAUUAUUGGUUUAACUGGUGGAAUCGCAAGUGGAAAGUCAUCUGUGGCUGAAAAAUUGGAAGAAUUGGGUGCAGGUCUUGUAAAUUGUGAUAAAAUAGCUCAUGAUUUAUACUUACCUGGAAAACGUUGUUUUGAUGCAACAGUUAAAGCUUUUGGUCCCACUAUUCUCAGAUCCGAUGGAUUUAUUGAUAGAAAAGUACUUGGAAAUAUAGUAUUUAAUGAUAAAAUACAGUUAGAUAAAUUGAAUAAAAUCCUUUGGCCCAUAAUUUUGGAUGAAGCAAAGGUACAAAUAAAUGAUUUUUAUAAAAAGGGAUUUGAUGUUAUUGUAAUGGAAGCAGCAGUUUUAAUCCAAGCUGAAUGGCAAAGUAACUGUCAUGAGAUUUGGACAUGUAUCAUUCCUCAAGAAGAGGCCAUAAAACGAGUGAUAGAGAGAAAUGGAUUAACCGAAGCUGAUGCAAAAUUAAGAAUUCAAGUUCAACCUAGUAAUGUGGAACAAAUUAAUGUAGCUAAUGUUGUCAUAUGUACCUUAUGGAGUCAUGAUAUUACUCGAAGUCAAGUACAAAAAGCAUGGGAUGAAUUAAGGGUUUUUUUGUUAGCCCAAAAUAAGAGUUAAUUAGUACAAUAAAAAACAUAUUUUUUUAAUAAAAUGUGGGUUUGGUGUAAAUUGCAUUUAAAUAAAUUUAUAAGAUAUUUUUGUUAAUGUUAAUAUUAAAGUAAUUAAUUAUUUUUAACGUUUCUUUAAAUAGAUGGAUUUAAUUUUUUCUGUAAUAUUGUUAUGGAUAGUCGCAGUACAAAUAUUUUCAUAGAACUUUUCCAAUAUAAUAUAAAUUGUGUACAAUAUCUAAUUAAAUAAUGGCAUUCAGUAAACGUAAUUUUAUAUAUUGUGUAUAAUAUAUACAAAAAUUUGUUACGAGUAAGAAGAGUUAUGAUUACAAUACCUAUUUUGAACACAUACAAUGAAAAUAAUACAAAAAGAAAUAUAAAAUUAUUUUCUAUACCAUGUAUUACAUUGCAAGUUAUUACUUUGUAAAUAAUAUAUUUUCAUUUAACAUACUUUUCAUUUCUUCAUCUGCGUAAUUGUACAUUUUAGUAACUAUUGUACUUAUAAACGAAGCAAAAUCAGCUUUGAGUUUAUUUCCACCACUAUCUACAUUACAUUUAACAUGAGACACUUUUACAAAUGUUGAAGCUAUAUUUAUAUUAAAAUAAAAAUGUAUUACUGUUCAUAUAAAUAAUAGAUGACAAAGUCAAAGUUAGUAAUAUUAUGUGUAUUCAUACUUACAAAUAAUUUUUGAUAUUUCGGGAUUUUUUUUCUCGGGAUCAUAACAAAAUAUGACACAUUUAUCUGAACCUAAUUUUGUUUGAUUUACGAAGUAGUCAUAUAAUUCUUGCAUUUGUUUCAAACAUUCAUUAGAUUGCUCACUAUACACGAAUAUAACACCAUGUACAUUUUUUCUUAUAGCUGGCCAACAAUUUUCAAAUCUAAAAUAUUAUUGGAUUACAUGUACUAUAUUUGGUAUUAUAUUACAAUAAUCUAUUAAAAUAAAAUACUCAUAGAUA